AUGGAUUUAGUUUCUUGGUUUUUCGUCUUCAUUUUGUUUAAUCAUACGUGUUUUGAUUCUGUUCAAGGACAGAACACACCUUAUUCAAACUGUCAAGAAUUCCAAUGUGGAAGUUCAGAAAUUCUGAGUUUUCCUUUCUAUAAACCCGAUCAACCUGAUUCUGAGUUGGCUGCUGAUGUUUCUCUAGGAUGGACAGUAUCUAAUACAUGUAAUCAAUGUUAUUCGAGUGGAGGACGAUGUCAAGUUGAUAGUAACAACAAAUUUCUUUGUUCUGUUACUGAUCAUGGCAAAGGAAAGCAUUUUCGUAGAACAUGGAUAGUUGUUUUAGCCACAGUUGCAGUUCUCGGCUGCAUUGGAAUAUUGAUUUUGCUGUUCUGCUUUAGAAAAAAGAUUUUCUGGCAUAAGUACCUCAGGUUUUGGGAAUCGAAAGCUGAGGAUCAUCGAAAUAUUGAAGCAUUUCUCAAGAACAACGGACCAUAUGCUCCGAUGAGAUAUAGUUAUUCAGACAUCAAAAGGAUGACUAGUAGCUUCAAAAACAAACUAGGCCAAGGAGGAUAUGGUUAUGCAUACAAAGGAAGUUUACAUAAUGGAAAUCCUGUUGCUGUGAAGGUUCUGAAUGGACUAAAAGGCAGUGGUGAAGAAUUCAUUAACGAGGUAUCGAGUAUUAGCAGGACAUCACAUGUUAACAUCGUGAGCCUCAUGGGAUUCUGUUUUGAGGGUCGAAAAAGAGAUCUAGUUUAUGAAUUCAUGCCAAAUGGAUCACUUGAAAAGUUUAUCUAUGAGGAAAGGUCAGACACAGACAGAGUUCGUCAACUAGAUUGGCAAGUACUGUAUAAAAUUGCAUUAGGCAUUGCUCGAGGAUUGGAGUAUUUGCAUCGUGGAUGUAACACUCGGAUUCUACAUUUUGAUAUCAAGCCUCAUAACAUACUACUUGAUGAAGAUUUCUGUCCUAAGAUCUCUGACUUUGGCCUUGCUAAACUCUGCGUAAAAAAAGAAAGUAUAGUGUCAAUGUUAGGUGCACGAGGGACUAUCGGUUACAUUGCUCCUGAAAUUGUUUGUAGAAACUUGGGAGGUGUCUCACACAAGUCUGAUGUUUAUAGCUAUGGAAUGAUGGUGUUAGAGAUUGUUGGAGGGAGGAAAAAUGUUGUUGAUCAAACGAGUGAAGUCUACUUUCCAGAUUGGCUUUAUCAACGAAUUGAACUAGACGAAGAACUUCAAUUAAUUGGGAUAAUGAAUGAAGAGGAGAAAGAAUGUGCGCGAAAAUCAAAGUUACAAUGUCUGUGA